CCGCGCGCCGCACUGCCGCCGCCCCCUCCGCACGCCGCACCGACCCCGCGCGUGUCGCGCUUUCAAAGAGUAAACUCACAGAACUAUAAUAAUACCGUCUAUUUCUAAAGUUUUGUCUCUCAGAGACGACAAUACGCAAAUGAUUUAUUUUAAAUUUUAACUUAACACGUAUUUCUAAGCGUGAAUAUAAAAUUGUUUGUGUGUAAUUUAGUUCAUAUGAAUUUUUAAGAAUCUUAUUAGAUUUUUUCGUGAAUCCAAUACAAAAAUUAUUUUAGAAUUGCCUAUAAGAAUCUUGUUGAGUUUCAUUCAAAGAAUCAAAUAACAACAGUGAGAGCUAUUCAGAGAUAUUUGUCUAAUUGUCCUUAUGCGUAAAGACCGCCUCCAAUUUUUUCCACAAUUUCCGAUCCCUCGAAGAUUUUGCCGAGUUGCCCACUUUUAUGUUGAUCAAACGUAGUUGAAGAAGAAAGAUUUUGCCAAAGCUAGUUGCUACGUAAUAUAAUUUGCUUCGUUAAUAAGUGGGUAAGUGUUGAGAUAUGGUUUCAAAUAUUUCACCACUUAUCAUAAUAUUUGCAACAUUAAGAAAAUGAAAACUGUUAUCACGUAGUGUCGCAUGUGCGUUCCAACUCUUUGCCGCAGGCGGAGCGCGGCUCGCGCCGCCAUUCUGGAUAUUUUGACGGGAAGGUCGGUCACGUGACGCGGCGCGGCGGCGGCGGGCGCGGGGGGCGCCGGCUAGACUCUCCAGUAGCCGAGCCAUCCGUCUGCUGCUCCGACUGCGCCGCUCCGCCGUCCCUCCCCCCGCCGCACCGCACUACGGCGACGACCGACGCGGGCGGCCGACGUGUACCGUGCGACGGAUGCGCGAGCCCCGGCUCCUCGGCGAGAUAGAGCGGCUCGCGCGGACGGAUUCGAUCGCGGGCGGGCCUCGUUCCGGAGAGAAUAGCCUCGGCCGCGUAUUUUUGCACGGCUUCGCGGGGCGGCGCGGCGGGGGCGGCGCGCGCGGGCGGCAGACAUGACCGGGCCGCGCUCGGGGCGCCACGCGCGCGCCUGCCGCUAGAGCGCCCGGCGCCAUGGACGCGGUCGCGCCGCACAUCUCGUCCGUGCUGCGGACGUACCAGGCCAGCGCGCCGCGCAGCCUGCAGGGCCCGGGCGGGGAGCGCGCGCCCGCGCCCGCCGCCGCGCCGCCGCGCCCGCCGCCGCCGCAGCCCAUCCCGCUGGGGCCCGCCGCCGACGGCGCGCGCGGCGAGCGCGGCGAGACGGCGCUGGAGGGCGAGCGCAUCUCGUGCUUCAGCGUGGGCGGCGAGCGGCGCCUGUGCCUGCCGCAGAUCCUCACCUCGGUGCUGACGGACUUCUCGCUGGACCAGAUCAACCGCGUGUGCGACGUGCUGCAGAUCUACUGCUCGCGCUGCACGCCCGAGCAGCUGCACGAGCUGAAGGCCACGGGCGUGCUGCCGCGCUCGGCGCCGUCGUGCGGGCUCAUCACGCAGACGGACGCGGAGCGGCUGUGCGCGGCGCUGCUGCACGCGCCGGCGGCUGUGCGCGCGCGCCCGCCGGGCUUCCGCGUGUACCACGAGUGCUUCGGCGGCGCGCGCGGCGUGUGCGCGGCGGACGGGCUGGUGCAGUGCGCGGAGUGCCGCGGCGUGUUCGCGGCGCGCCGCUUCGUGUGCCACUCGCACGGCACGGAGCACCGCACGUGCCACUGGGGCUUCGACUCGGCGCGCUGGCGGCGCUUCCUGCUGCUGCCCGACGACGAGCCGGAGCGCGAGCGCUGGGCCGCGCUGCUGGACGAGCUGGCGGCGCGCGAGGGGCGGGAGGCGCGCCCGCCGCCGCCGCCGCCCCGCGCCAAGCAAACGCUGCCGGUGCCGCUGCCGCUCAAACGCAAGCAGGCUGUGGAAACUGUGGUAUGCAAGCCUGAGCCGCCAGAGUCACCUCCGAAGAAAGCGAGGAGCGAAGACUACAGCUAUGCGAUAUAUCUGGACCCCUACGCGCACCUGCGGUACAGGACUGUACCAGCGUUCAGGCCUUGGGGGAAGAGAGAACCAGAGUUGCAGCAUCCGGAGAGAGUAGUCCGUGUGGCAGACUGCACAAGGUUCGAGCAGGACUUCCAGCCAAACGUAGCUUUAAAACCUCUAACGCCUCCUGUAGAUGAUGUGACGUCAUCUACAUCCCCCCCACCUUCCGAUCCUGAGCUGACAGCGCGGUUGCUCGACGCAGAAGCGAGGCUAUCGGAAAGAGAACGGCAGCUAAAUCAAAGAGAGGAGGAGUUGGCGCGGCGAGAAGCUAACCUGGAAGAGAGAGAACGGGAGUUAGAGCGACGGGAGAGAACGUUGGAAGGGAAGAUAGAGACUAAGCCAGAGCCGAACUCUUCCCCGACGGAUGACGACGAUCACCCGCCGUGUUGACCUACGCGAGUGAUCGUCAGGUUACGAUUCAAGUGAAAGUGAUGAACGCUAUGACAUUGCGUCUCCAGAGUACAAAGUUUUGAAUGAAAAUGACGUUUAAAAACGUUCGCCAACCGGUGUAAAUACGCCUACGUUUAAAAAGAGAACUUUUGUCUUUGAUAUGUUGUUGUUAAUCUGUGACAGCUGUCGCUGUGCGGUAUAAAUAUGGUUUUGUAAAACUCUAUUGUCUAUGAUUUGAUCAACGGAUGGUAAUGUUUUAAAGAUGCUGCUGGAUACAGAUACAAAAGUAAUGUAGGUACAUAAUCACUGAAGUACAGUUAUUGAAUUUAUAAGUUUUUUUUUUCUACAUAAUUUACAGACAAUCUUGUAGUCUUUUUUAAUGUGUGCCAUUCUGAAGGUACUGCUGUUACCUUUUUUUGUAUAACCUCAUCUCUGCUUUUCAAUAAUAACAUAAUACUCACGUAAUAUUUAAAUAAAUAAAAUAGUUUUUAAAUUCUACAACCAUAAUCAUAAUUUAUACAGGGUUAUUUUUAAGUUUUAACGUAUAAUAAGGUAUUGUAACCUACCCUUACACUUAAUUUUCCAUUCUUGUUACCAUUUUGAAUCCAUGAUUCGAUUCAAACAUCCAUAGUCUAAAGUAAGCAUGAAAUAUGUAUGAAAUAACUCUGUAUAAAAACCUCAGCUAUACCAAAUAAUAGAUUUUUUUUGUGAUUCACUUAUCUAUUUCCAUAAAUUCACAACAAACACAACAUACCUCUAAUGGUCGUUACGGACGUAAAUACAAGUCAAAAGACUCAUGUUUAAAUAUUAUGAUACAGAUUUUAAUGAAAAAAAUGUAAUUUCGUAACAAACAUUUGAUGUUAUCGUUAAAUAAAUUCGACUGUACCUAGGCAAUGAGUUACAAACAUGUAAAUUGUUACAAGAUUUGAUUUAUAAAGCCAUUUACACAUAGCGCGUUUCAUUGAAUGCGUAUUUUAGCUAUUUUGACGCGCGUGAAUGCGCAGGAAUUCAUGCCAUUCAACUAAGGCCCAAACGUAUACUUUGACACGCGUAAUAUUAAGGGUCUAAACGCACAAAUCAACAAGGAAACAAUCGUCACCAAUUGUUUUGUGCUCUUGUCGUCAACCGAACCACGAACACAUAAUUGUAAAAGAAAUAGUUUUGGUUGACAGCAUGACUUCAGCGGCAACUUUAGGUUAUAAAGAGAGGACUAAUCAUAAGCGCGAGAACCUCUUGUAGUUAGAAAGCUUACCAUUAAUGCAUAAUGGAUGUAUUCGCAAUUCUCUGCGAAAAACCCAGAAAUCUAUACAGCAUCUUCACCCAGAUCCGACAAUAACCCUAUAUAGGUUUCACUUCGAAACACGAGCGUUUAUGUGGGUACGUAGUGGGUGUUUUUGUAGGAUUUAAGUGGCGCUAUCGCAUGAAUUAAAUUCAUUAUUUCUUUAAUGGUUCAAUCGCUGUUCAAUUAAACAAACUUAACUCUAUAGACGUCACGAUGCUGUUUAUGAACACAAUAGGGAAUUUUACUCGAAGAAUUAUAACGGAUUGACUUGCAAUGGUGACGAUUCUAGUCCGAAUUGAGAAAUAGUCGAGGACAAAUUGAACUUUAGCAAUACAUGUCCCAACCUACGUUUGCACUGAAACGCGCCAUCUGUACACGGCUUUAUAAGUUAAAUUCGUAUAGAAAUAUUGUGGACUAUAUCAAAAUUCAUCGUCCUUAAAAUUAUAACGCAGGUCGGCCUAAGAAAUGUAUAUAAAUAAGCCUCUAUACAAAAAAGUAGAGUAAAAUCGCUUAGUAAUAUACGUUAUGUUUAUUAAAAGCUGUCAUAAUAUUAAUUAAGGGCUAUAGGACUUAUAGCCCGUGUUCUACCUCAUUGUAUAUAAAAAAAAUAUUUGGCUAAAAUAAGAAAUGUUAAGCUUUCAAGGACUAACUGGUGAUUUCGAGUCUGUACCUACUUUUGAGCAAUAAUUGAAAAUGAAAAUUGAAACAGUGUGCGUAAUCACUGCCUGAAUAAAUCUAUUAGGUAAUGAUUUUUUCUGUCUAUAUUAUAUUAUAAUAUAGAAUUUUUACUUAUAUAUUUUGAGAGAAACUUGGUUGUACUGAUCUUCGGCAUAAUAACACCUAGCCAUAAUAUAAUCUCGCAUCACAAUUUAAAAUGUUUUACGCUAAAAUGGCGCAUUUAGCAUUUUUCUAUUUUUUACUUCGAAGUUUUUAUCCAGUUGAAUUAAACACGACGUAGUUUUUCAUAGUCUUUGCCAGUAAGAGUGCAUUUUUUUUUUAUUUUUUGCGAGUGAGCAACAUUUUUUAUACGUAACAAAACUUUACUGUUGCGAUAUGGAACUUGUGAUUUUCUUAGCUGUUUUUAGAAGCCUUAAUUUUGACAUAAUGUGAUCAUGAUCAAUUUGAUCGUUAGGUUUUAAUAUAGAACUUUUAUUCACAACCGAUUUAAUCGAUUUUUUUUUACUUCUUAAAUAGUGGUUAUGAAUAACUGGACUAUAAAAUGUAGAUUGAAUCCCAAUUUAUCGAAUAAAAUUUUCGAUUUUUUUAUUGUUCUAAUGGCGGAUUCGACGCCAUCUUGUUUCCGGUGUUGGCCGGGGCAUAGAUUGUAGAAACGUGAAAUGAAAUUUCACUAUUGGGAAGUGACUGUUUUAUAUUUUUGGCAAAGCUCAAACGUUUAUAAACAAUAUGUUUUUUUUUCUUUGAUAUAUAGAAUUCCUUUCAGAGUGCUGUUAAGUUGUAGAAAGUUAGUUGUUAUAUGGUAUUUCAUUUCUAGAUAAGAUCGUAUCUCUAGUCAGGAGACUUUUCGAAAAAAAUUACCAUUUUAUUUUUUAAUAAUAAUAUUAUUAGUACCACAGGCGAGUGUAAUAUGAGUAACUUAUUUUAAAAAUAGUUUUAGUGACAUACUGAACUGUAUGUAUAAAAUAUAAGACAUAUAAUAUAUAUGUAUAUGGUAAUUAUGAAACUUUUCUGUCAGUACCGUUAUUGAAAUCACGUAUUUUGGUGCUAUAAUAAUUUUUGGCUUGGCUAACUUAGUGGUUAAUUGUAAAUAUUAUAAUAUAAUUUGACUAUUUAUUGGCAACUAUGUUGUUUAAGUAGCGGUUUUCAAAGGACAGUUGUUUUUUUUUAAUAAAUUUUUAUUAUUCUAUUAUUAUGUAUUCUAGUUUUCUAACAUGGCUUAGCCAUGCUGUAAACAAAGACAAGACAAACAAGACCAUAAGAGCAUCCUGUGUAAGGUAUUGGCCAGCAACGUGCAAAUAUUAUAGUAUACUAAUUUUAUAAAUGUGAAAGUGUAGUUUGUUUGUAUACCUAUUUCUGCAUUAUGAUCCAUAUAUUAUGGAGCCAGCAAACAUACAUUAGUAAAUAACGAAGUUAUGCGCGAACACACAUAAAAAAAUUUAUAUACGGUCGAAUUGAGAAACCUCCCCUUUUUUUUUAAGUCGGUUAAAAAACAGUUAUUUAUCAAUGUACAUUAUAGUCAUUAUUGGCAAACAAACUUUCAUCUUUUAUAAGGAUUUAUUUAUGAGGAUUUCAUCAUUUACCGAGGUUAUCUCUAUAAGCUGUUACAUAUAGAGAUAACCUAAGUAUAUAUAGAUCAUUUAUAGCGAGAAUAAUUAUGGUUAUGAUUAAUGAUUUUAUUUACAAACUAAGCCUGGAAAGAAAUAUAAAAAAAGGCGACACAAAUAUUUAGUAUGCUCAAAAGGGCUGGAACUCAAAGCCAGCCAGUUUAAAAAAAAGGAAUGGAAGGUGCAUUUUUUUUUCUGUUCAGGGUAUUUACUUUCUCUGUCAUAAAUAGAUUUAUCCACUAAAAGUAUUUAAAAACUGAAAAAAAUAUUUUCAGCAAUCAAAUUUUUAGUAGUCCUAAUUUCGUCCUAAUAUGAUCAUGAUCAAAUUGAUCGUUAGGUUUUAAUAUAGUCUUCUCUCUACACUUUAACUUAGUCAUUGCCUCUAUCGAAUGUUUUUAUUUUUCAUCUAAAUUUAGACAAACCGUUCACAUUGCUGGCAAUACAAUACAACCCGUAACACUUUUACAGUUUUCGUAACAUGCUAUUUAUACAAGUAAAAAUGACAGUAGAUAUUAAUCUAUACAGUUUUCCGAUAAAAUUUUGUAAAAUAGAAACAGUAAUGUAAAGAAUUCCCAUGAAAUUGUGUGACAAUGUAAUAAAUUACAGUAAAUAUACUUUUUGAUUUUACCAGCUGAAAUAAAUAUUUGUUUGCUACAUUUUUACUAUUACAAUAAUAACGCUUUAAUCCAUUUGUAUGAGUAGGUUGUAAAAUAUUUUUUCGAUAGAAAAGUUUCAUUGAUCUCUCACUGUCUUGGUGCUAAAUGCAAUUUAUCUACACUGUGGCAAUGUAUACCGCUUUGGUAGCCAAAACUAAAAGGAAGUUAAAUUUAGUAUAUCUUUUUUUCUCAAAGUUAAGAGACAAUUUAAGGGGCCUGUUAACGAUCAAAUUAUUCGUCAAAUGAAACGUGUUUGUCAAACAUGUUUAAUCGUUUUUGUCAAACUUUGUGUGCAUUAAGCUCAAUGAUGUUAAAUACUGUAUGUGUUACUUAGUCAUGAAAAAUGAGGCGCUCAAAAGAGGAAAUUUCCACAUCUCAAUAUUAGUUGUGGUCAACAACGUCUACAAUAUCGAGUUGUGUGUUCAGGAAGUGUAAAAACUAUAUAUACAUAAAUAUAUAAUGGAAUUAAAGACACAAUUGUGCUUGUGUGCGCUCAGUUUUAUAGCCUAUUAUUCGGAUCAUAAUCAUAUAGUAUAAAAUUAUCAUUGAUUAAGCUACUUUGUCAAGCACAUAUCGUUAAUGGGCUUCCUAAGACCUUGUGUUCUUUUCUUUAAAAGUCGCAAGUCAGGAAUCGAGGGCACUAAAGUUUAGUUUUGGUAUGCCUAAAUUUUGAAUGACCAAAUAAAAUCAUGUUCUAUAUAAAAUCUUAAGGUUUGUUGUGCAGCCAAUUUUAUGAUUAGACAUUAUUUUUAUAUCUGCCAAGACUCGAUGGGUUGUAUUCAACAUGAAUUCUGGGUUAGUUUUAUUCACCUCACAGUAAACUAUUUGAAAAGGAUAAUUUAAUACAUGAAUUAUAAAUAAAAAUUUAGUUUGUAUUUAAAAUAAUGGUGAAUAUAUGCAUUGGUUCUUUACCUUAUUUAUUUAAGACGGUAGUUUCUAUACAAUUAUGAUUUUUACUUUUGUAAUAAGAUUUUCUUUGCUACACUUUUCACUAAACUUUUAGAUUUUACCUUGAUGUUUGUUCCCAAAAUCUUACCCGGUUUUUAUUUUGGGAUACAAAAAAUAAAAAAGAAACUCGUAAAGACAGUGAGAGUUUUCUAUGUAAAUACUUGCAUUAUGUAAUAUGGUACGACAACAUGAGCGAAUGUAAGGCUGUAAUAACCCUAAAAAACUAGUUUAGGCGUCUAAAACCCCUAAUUAGAACCUUUUAUCUACGUUUGUAGACCAAUUGGAGUUUUUAUUUUUUUAAAAACUCCAAUUUUAAAUGAAUAAAUACCUACAAUAAAAUUCUUAGUUACCUACUUAUAACUUUUAACUGAUUUAAAUAUUCUCAUAUUUUAUUUAUUCGUAUUUUUUUACUAAAUAUAAAUUGUGUUGAAUUGAAAUGACAUUACAAAUUAAAUAUUUUGAUGAAAAAUUAUAAUUUUUAUAAUCUUAUGGUUGCGUUUAAAAUAUUUUUUGGUUUUGUUUACCUACUCAAAUUGCAGAACUUUACAUUUAUUUGCAAAUCUUUUUUUACUUGUCUUGUAAUGAAAUUAUUGAGAUAAUAAAUUUUGUUGAUUAAUUAAAUAACUAUAUAUUUUUAAUAUAUUCUUUUUUUAUUCUGUACAAGAUUUUAUUCUAUGAGAUGGCAAGUGAUGAUGCAUAACGUCUUUAUCGGUAGGGUGGUAACUAGCCAUGGCUGAAGCCAAAUUGUUUUGUGGGUAUUUAUUUUUGAUAGGGGACAAAUUCCCCAUAAAACUAACAUUAGUUUUGCCAACUGAUUAGAGUUACAGGUCAUAAACAUAUGACGAAAGAUAUCUACGCCGGGGUUUGAAGCGCAAUUGGUGAUUUGCCAGGGUAUAACAUACUCCUGUGAUCUCAAAGUAUGAUUGAUAUUAACCAUUUUCGGUAAAGGAAACUGUGACAGUCGCAAAAUAAACCACUUUUAUUAAUUUAGUCUUAAUAAAAAUAAAGUCUUAUUAUUACCUUAAAGGUAUUAUUUAGAAUGAGAUAAGAGGAAGCUGUUAAAAUUGACGCAAUAAAAUAAUUUGAUUGUAAAUAUAUUUAUGAUACUUUUUUCAGAGAUAAUCGCAAAUGAUUAAAAUAAGGAAAGUUUUUGGUGGAAAAGCGACUUUUUCUUUUUAAUAACUAAAGAUAUUUUUUGUAUCUAUUCUAGAAUUUAUUUUGGAGAAAAAAAUAGCCAUGAAUUUAUUUAUUUCAUAUUGAUUCGAGUGAAGAUUCCUGUUUAAUUUGCAAAUUGUUUACGGUUGUCUCUGCCUGCGUAAUUUCAACUUACUUUUUACUUAUUGCUAUAUUGUACGGAUGCGUACAUAUGUUUGGGUAAUUUUCGAGCCAAUACAACGGUUUAAUAACUAUGUCGAAGUUUAUUUUAUUUUACAUACAAUACAUUUAAUUGUGUAUACCUACUUUUAAAUACUUGUGUAUACAAAUCAUCAUAAAUCACUCACCACUUCCUAAUAUAAAGGAUCCCGUAAGCGAUCAAACUUUUCGUAAAACGCGUUCGUCAAACAAUUUUAUCAUCUGUGACUGGGUUUGUCAAACAUUGCUUAUCGAAACACUUUAACUAACAAGUUUGUCAAACAUGUUUGAUUGUUAACGGGGUGCCUAACGGUUAUAGAAUUAGAAAAUGAUAUUUUUUUUUUGGGAACUGCAAAGCUGAAUGUCGUUAAGCAUUGUGCCAAUUGUUGUUAAUACAUGAGAUUGUGGUAUUAUAGCAAUAAGUAAAAAAAAACAAAGUAGCCUGACCAGAACUAUAAAAUCCUGGACUGAAUAUGUUUCUAGUAUUUUUGGCAGUCUGUGUUUAAUGUGCUAAUCAUUGACCUCUUAUAAUAAAAGGACGCACAAUCAUAUAGAAAAUUUGACAUAAAAACUGGCCAAUUUUGCUUUGACAGUUUUAGACUUGGUAAAGAAAUACCUAAAGUCCUUUAAAUAUAGUCCAAUAUUCAUUAAAAUUCUAAAUUCAGAGCAAAUUCAACCAAUCAAUUAAGUUUAAGGUUGAAUUUGCAAAUGCGACUACUUGAAUUGAGUGCCAAGUUGUGUUUGACACUCAUUGAGUGGGGACGUUUUUUGGUCGUUGAUUGUGCAUCCACUUUUUAAUAGGAGAUCGAUGGUGCUAAUGAAUAAAAUUAGUAAGGGCUAGAACUCAGAGCCGUAAAUCCAGCCUAAUAAAAAAAGGAAGAAAUUAGUUCCUUUUUUUCCUUAAUAUGGCGAUGUUUUAUAAUUUUUAUAUCUGAUCAGACUUUAUCAAAUAUUCUUAAAUCUGUCAAAAGUUUUGUAUGUCGUCAUCUGCUAUUAUACUAUGCGCGCUGUAGCAUGGUGUGGGUGAUAGUUGCCUUGACGCUCUUAUUACGUAUAUUAGUUGCGGCAAACUUUCGCGAUUGAUACGAAAUGUCACCCGCACCAUGCUAUAGCGCACGAACUGUAGAGGCACGCAACACGUAUUGAAAUAACGAUUUUUAUGCAAUAAUUGAUAAAAUAUGUAAUUCCUUUCACAGUAUAAUCUUACCAAUUCUAAUUUUUCCAUAAAUAAACAAACGAAAACUAAACUUGUUAAAAUUCAUCUAACUUAAGUGAAUUUUACUAACACUAAUUUUAGUUGGAUUUCAUAAAUUAGUUAGUUGAAAUCUUUUUAAAUUACAUCUUUGAAAAGAUAUUAAAAACUUUUUGAAAGAAAAAUAUUAUAUCAACAAAAACUUUAAAACUGUCUUGCCUCAAUCAAGUCUGAUCCGUUUCCGAAAUUGAAAGUAUAUAAUGCCUUGACUCUGUCAACAGAUGGCGUUACUUAUUUCAUUCUUAUUACAACUUAAUACAUUCAUUAUUGUUGUAAGCAAAAUAACUUACCUUAGUUAAUGUUAGUUAUUAUUUCAAUUUAUGGAAAAUCUAUUCGUAAGUAAAGACGAGUUGUUAUAAAGAUUUAUGAACUUUUUGCUUACAACAAAAAUGCAUUGAAAUAGCAUAAUAUUUAGAAUAAAUUGCGACUGUUUUAAUUUAUGGUUCAAAUGUUAAUGAAACUGGUUGUUUACGAACUGUGUGUGUUUAUAUCAGAAGUUAACGUUGCCUUUUCUUUUAUCCAUUUACAGUUCGCGUCAAAUUUUAUGAUCGCUGUUCAAAAAAAUAUAAAACUAUUCAUAUUAACAGAAUAUUUUAAUAUGAAAUCUGGUGUUAAUAAAAUAAAUAAGUAAGAAGCAAGCUAUCGCAGCUUGCUUCCUGCUAACGCGUUAUGUGUACAUUGACUAUAUAUAAUUAAUUAUUCUGUCCGGCAGAAAGUCAUGUGAUAUGGCAUACCUUGUGUACCUUUAUAUUUUAACCUGGCAUUUCAUCACAUUCAUGAUUAUGCUCGUGUAUGUAAUGUCGCAAAAAAAAUUAACGCUGAAAAAGUGCAUUAACAGGCAUUUCUCAGCGUUUUGGAAGCCAAGCACCUUUGUAACAUUCAUAUAUUUUGUCCUACAAAAUUAUUAUUAAAUUUCAACUAAACUUCGAUGAAUAGCACAACAUUUCAACUAAACUUUCAUGAAUAGCACUAAAUGUCAACUAAAAACGAUAAAUAGCACUAAAUUUCAACUAAAGUUCAAUGAAUAGCACUAAAUUUCAACUAAAUGUGCAUGGUGCUAAAUUUUGACAGCCCAUAAAGUUUGAUGCGAAUGAUUAUAAUAUUAACAUUUGCAAUGUUAUUUGGACUGCCAAUGGAUUAAAUCAGCAAAAACUUGGAACCAGAUUGUAAUAUAUUGUAACGUACCUGAUAAUUAGAGGGUUAAGAUAUUAUUGUAUAAAUUUAACAUUGAGAUGUUCUGUUAUGGACACACACCUGUGUAAGCGGUUUCGAUGUGUGUAUUCGAGUAAAAAGCUUAAUUGAGUACCUUGUGGAGCAAUAAAAUGAAAACAUUUUCAAAAAAA